GCCGAUACAACAACACAGUUGAUCUGCUCAAACACAAAAAUCUACCUGCUUUCUGAAUCAUGUCGUUGAGCCCAAAGCACACAACGCCUUUUUCAGUGACAGAUAUUUUGAGUCCAAUCGAGGAGACCUACAAGAAGUUUAGUGCCAUGGACGGCGCAGGGAACCUAACCUCUCCACUGGGAGCCUACCGACAGCCUCAGGUGUCUCAGACCGGCAUGCAACAGCACUCCAUGGGCCACAACGCCACCGUGGCCACUACUUACCACAUGCCGCACACCGUUUCCCAGUUCUCCCACAGCGCAAUGGGGGGAUACUGCAAUGGAAGCAUUGGCAACAUGGGAGACCUCCCGUCAUACCAGGAAAGCAUGCGGAAUAGUGCAGCAGCAACAGGGUGGUACAGCACCAACCCUGAUCCAAGAUACUCCACCAUUUCUAGAUUCAUGGGACCUUCCACAGGUAUGAACAUGACCGGCAUGGGGAGUCUCACGGGGAUGGACGCCACCAAAUCCAUGCCAGCUCUACACGCUGCGCCCAGGAGGAAACGACGCGUCCUGUUUUCGCAGGCUCAGGUCUACGAGCUGGAGAGGAGGUUUAAACAGCAGAAAUACCUGUCGGCGCCCGAGAGGGAGCACCUGGCCAGCAUGAUCCACCUUACACCUACCCAGGUCAAGAUCUGGUUUCAGAACCACCGGUAUAAGAUGAAGCGCCAGGCCAAGGACAAGGCUGCGCAGCAGCUGCAGCAGCAGCAGCAGGACGGUAACCUGUGCCAACAGCAGGCGCAGUCCCCGAGGCGCGUAGCCGUGCCAGUACUGGUGAAGGACGGUAAACCGUGCCAGAACGGCUCCAACACACCGACGCCGAAUCAGCAACAGGUACAACAGAGCCAACAACAAAGCCAACAACAGAACGGAGCCGGAGUCGUGCUCGCAUCCUCGACCAGCAGCCUAAGCCAGCAUCAAAGCCAGCAGCAGGUGAACGCUUUGGAGCUAGAGGAGAUGUCACCCAGCCCCCCCUCACUGCACAGCCAGCUCAACAUGGCCCAGAUAGACACGUCUGCUGUAGAUUACACCAGUAACAUGGUCAGCUCAAACCUCCUGUACGGCAGAACGUGGUAGGACCUAACACAGUACUGUCACUUUUUCUAUGUGAACCUGCGGAUGAGCCCAUAAAAGAGCAAAACACAAAUAUAUAUAUAGUCCCAUUUUUAGUCUGUCUAUAUAUAUAUAUUUGUAAAUAUAUAUAUAUGUAGGCUGAAAAUGGGAAAUGGUGCCCUUUGGUGUUGGAUGGGACAAGGCGCACAGAGGCGCACCAGCUGAUCAGGGCACAUUUUCUUGACAUCUCUGAGAGGGGAGUCUAUUUUUGAACAUUACAGAAAUGGCUGCCCUUGAGAGCAAUUAUGUCGUUUCUGGACCUUUUGUAAUCCAUGUUUUGGACCUUCCUCAUGAUGUUUUAAACGUAGUCUAUGUUGUUGAAACAAACAGGAAUGCUGCUUCACUUGAGUUCGGACUGGGGGGGAGGUGGGAUCAGGUUUGAAGUACACUAAGCCACCACUCCUUAUUUACGGUAUUUUAUCAUAUUAAUAUUGUAAACUAAUGUAUUCAUCUAGACUUAUUAAAUAAAGUAGGGACUUGUAUAUUUGGCUAACACAAGAAUGCGUUUAACUGUAUAUUAUUCGUUAUUGCGUCCACUUUUAUGUUUUCUUUAUUCUUUUGUAAGUUAAAAAGGAACAAAUGCGUGAUGGCUGCUGUAUAUGUUUCAAAACCAAGUGAACGUUAACAAUAAAUAACUUGAAGUGUGA